AUGUCCCUGAGGUUCCACAGCCAACAGAGGCGAAGCCCAGGCUCAGACCCAGGUGUGGCAGACCCUACGCUGGUCUUUUUCAAGCUGUUCCGCUUCGGAGACACUGCAGGGUGCAUCCUGGGGCCACAGCUGCAGAUUCUUGUUGACACCGGGAGCAGCAACUUCGCCGUGGCCGGCGCCCCGCAUCCUUACAUAGACUCCUACUUUGACACCCAGAGGUCCAGCACUUACCGUCCCAAGGACUUUGAUGUCACCGUGAAGUACACACAAGGCAGCUGGACGGGCUCCGUGGGGGAGGACUUGGUCACCAUCACAAAGGGCUUCAACACCUCCUUCCUCGUCAACGUCGCCACCAUCUUCGAGUCGGAGAAUUUCUUCCUGCCUGGCAUUCAGUGGAAUGGGAUCCUGGGGCUCGCUUACGCGGCCCUGGCCAAGCCAUCGAGUUCCCUGGAGACGUUCUUCGAUUCCCUCGUGACGCAAGCCGGGAUCCCCAACGUUUUCUCCAUGCAGAUGUGUGGGGCGGGACUGCCCGUGGACGGAUCUGGUACCAACGGAGGUAGUCUUGUCCUGGGAGGAAUUGAACCAAGUUUGUACAAAGGAGACAUCUGGUAUACCCCGAUUAAGGAGGAGUGGUAUUAUCAGAUCGAAAUUCUGAAGUUGGAAGUCGGAGGCCAGAGCCUUAAUCUGGACUGCAGAGAGUAUAACGCGGACAAGGCCAUCGUGGACAGCGGCACCACACUGCUGCGCCUGCCCCACAAGGUGUUUGAUGCGGUGGUCGAAGGCGUGGCCCGCGCGUCUCUGAUUCCAGAAUUCUCGGAUGGUUUCUGGACUGGGUCCCAGCUGGCAUGCUGGGCGAAUUCCGAAACACCUUGGUCUUACUUCCCGAAAAUCUCCAUCUACCUGAGAGAGGAGAACUCCAGCAGAUCCUUCCGCAUCACUAUCCUGCCUCAGCUUUACAUCCAGCCCAUGAUGAGGGCUGGCCUGAAUUAUGAGUGCUACCGAUUCGGCAUUUCACCUUCCACGAACGCGCUGGUGAUUGGUGCUACCGUGAUGGAGGGCUUCUACGUGAUCUUCGACAGAGCUCGGAAGAGGGUGGGCUUCGCCGCAAGCACCUGUGCAGGCGCCCUGAGAACCGUGCUCUUCAUCUUCGCCUGUGUGUGCGCCUGGUACUCCGGGUACCUGCUGGCACAGCUCGUCCCAGAGGUGCCCCUGUCCAGUGCCAUCUACAGCAUCCGGAGCAUCGGGGAGAGGCCCAUCCUCAAAGCCCCGGCCCCCAAGAGGCAAAAAUGCGACCACUGGUCCCCGUGCCCCCCGAACACCUAUGCUUACCGGUUGCUCAGCGGCGGGGGCAGGGACAAGUACGCCAAAAUCUGCUUUGAGGACGAGCUGGGGGACGAGGGCCUCCCCUUAGGCCUGGGAAAGAUGACCGCCACUGGGGACCCUGACAAUCACAGGUUUGGGGUGUCCCGGAAGCAAGCUGAGCACAUGGUCCAGUGA